ACAUCCUUAGAAACAAAGUUUGUAGGAGUAUAUUUAAUCCAUGUGUUUGCCUUAUGGCUACAUAAGGAUUUCUCUGAGGAAAGAAGCAUGUCAGGAAACUCUGAAUGCCAGUUUUAUGUCUGGGCAAUUAUAGCCUCCUUGGUUUUAGCUCUGGUUCUAUCGCUCAUCUUCAAUGUUUCCCACUAUGUGGAAAAGCAGCGACAAGGUAAAAUAUACAGGUACUCUGAGGACUACAUUACUAGGGAGGAUGACUAUUAUAUUGAAGACACACCAAUUUAUGGUAACUUAGAUAAUGUGGUUCCAGAACCGAUGGAUGAAAAUUGCUAUGAACAAAUGAAAGCCCGACCAGAGAGGUCUGUGAAUGAACGGCAAGCUGCCCCACCGGCGCAGACAAUUGAUGAAGCACAGAUGUUUUAUGCUUCACUGAAUCACAACUAUGAGGGAAAGUACAGAAAGCCCAGGAAACAAAAUACGUAUAUGUCAGAUAAGAAUGAAGAUGAGCUGUUACAUGGAAUGAACGCCAGCGUUUCGCAGACGACUCUGGUGGACAGUUUCCCGCCGGAGAGCCAGGCAACAGAGGAAAACAUUCAUGAUGAUCCCGUUAGACUGUUUGGAUUGAUUCGUGGGAAGACAGAACCUGUAAACUAGCUGGACUGUGAUUUGGCUCUUGUUGAAGAAGAUUGUGAAAGAAAGCGAGAUCCCUCUAUGACACAGCAUGGUGUGGUAGGGUGUUCAUCUGAUC